AUGCCGCACAUCAGCUUGCGGAGGAAGGCUCUGGUAUUUUGUGCAGUUGCGUCAGGGGCGGUUGCACUGCGAGUUCCUCGCUAUGCUACGGUCGCGUCGAGGCAGAGUGUGAGUGAGACGAAGUACGACUUCAUCAUCGCAGGCGGAGGCAUCUCUGGACUCACCGUCGCGGAUCGUCUGACCGAGGACCCAACCGUGAACGUCCUGGUCAUUGAAGCAGGGCCCUUCGACAAUGAUGAGGACAGCGUCCUCGUACCUGGCGCAUAUAACUCAGUCCCGUACCUCUGGAAUCCACUUGCCAGCGUGCCGCAAACGGCCUUGAAUAACCAGUCAUUCGACGUCCCAGUCGGUCGUGUGGUGGGAGGUGGCUCUGUCGUCAACGGAAUGGUCUUUUUGAGAUCAGGAAAGCAGGAAUACGAGUUGUGGGAAGAACUCGGGGCGACCGGAUGGAAUUGGGAUGCGAUGCUCCCCUACUUCAAGAAGAGCGAGAAUUUCACUGCUCCGGACAAGGAUUUCGCCCGCAGAGGGAACAUCUCCUGGGUCGAUGAUGUGCACGGCAAUGACGGGCCCGUCCAAAUCUCGUACCCCAAUUUUUUCUUUGAAGGAAGCGCACAUUGGUGGGAUGCAGCGUUACAAACAGGCCUUACUACCACCGAGGACCCCAAUGGCGGCAAUGGGGUUGGCGUGGCAUGGUUUCCUACGUCAGUAGACUUUACCAAUCGGACGAGAAGCCAUGCUCGGCUCAAUCACUACACGAGAGUGCAAGAUUCACGACCGAAUUACCACAUCCUCGCCGGGCACACCAUCUCGAAGGUCCUGCUCGACGGAAACAAAACUGUCGGCGUCGAGUACCUUCCUAGCGCCGGAGGGGAGACACUCUCCGCCUCUGCCUCCAAGGAAGUCCUCGUCGCUACUGGAGCAGUACAUACGCCACAGCUGCUACAGCUAUCGGGAAUCGGCCCAAAGAGCCUUCUUGAUAAAUUUGGGAUUGAUGUCGUUGCGGAUCUCCCUGGUGUCGGGGCGAACUUCCAGGACCAGCCCAGGGUCAUCAUCCCGUACAACUUUUCAAACAACAUCCAGCCCAAUACAGAUUCGUUGAACUCGAACGCUACUUAUGAUGCCAAGCAGCGAGCCCUCUACGAUUCAUCGCGUGAAGGGGCCUACGUGCUUACCCGGGGCUUCAGCACUAACCUCGCCACCUUUCCUCUCUGCAAGGCAACCUCGGAAUGCCUCAAAAUCGUCGAGGCAGCCCGGGAAGAAGAACCGGUGGCUUACCUUCCGGCAGGGACAGAUCCGACUGUUCUUGAAGGAUAUAAAGCGCAACGGGAGAUAACAUUGCGGCAGCUCGAGGGACAAGACACCCCCGUUGCCAUGAUCCACUGGGAUAGCGGGAACGCGGUCAUUUUGUUCUUCCUCAAGCCACUGAGCCGAGGCUCUGUCUCCAUCAAUUCCACCAACCCGCUCGCCAGUCCCCUCAUCGACUUCCGCGCCAUGGCAGAUCCUAUAGAUUUAGACCUUGUCAUCGCGUCCUUCCUGAAGAAUAGGGAGAUCAUGAACGCGCCAAGCAUGAAGACCCUGGGACCGAGUGAAGGAGCCCCGUUUGAUGAUAGCGUCACGGAUCGGGAAGAGCUCAAGAAUAUCGUCGUCUCGGUUGCGGAGCCAUCAACUGCUCACGAAUGCUGUACGGCAGCCAUGAUGCCGAAGGAGAAGGGAGGAGUUGUAGAUCCGAACAUGAAAGUUUACGGUGUCGAAGGAUUGAGGGUCAUUGAUAUCAGCUACUGGCCGAUGAUCUUGUCCGCCCCUCCGAUGGCAACGAUGUACGCCUCCGGGGAGAAGAUCGCAGAUGAGAUUAAGAAGGAGCAUUGUCUAGAUGGAGCUUGUGACUAA